AUGGGCUUCACAUCGACUCUGAUCCUCCUGGCCGCCGCCAGCAGUGCCCUGGCAGCCCCAGCCUCCAACAACGAAGUUCUCCGUCGAGGAAACCUCCCAACCCCAGUCUCCGCCGCCACAGCACGAGGAUACCUUUCCAGCAUCGUGACCGAAGCGGAGAAUAACAGCCCCGCUUACAACCGCGAUCUCUUCCCCCACUGGAUCACCAUCAGCGGAGCAUGCAAUACUCGCGAGCAAGUCCUCAAGCGUGAUGGCUCUAAUGUCGUCACUGACUCUGCUUGUGCUGCUACUUCUGGCACGUGGUUCUCGGAUUAUGAUGGUGUGACUUGGACUGCUGCUUCUGAUGUGGAUAUUGAUCAUGUUGUGCCUUUGAGGGAGGCUUGGGUUUCUGGAGCGAGGAAUUGGGAUAAUGCUCGCAGACAGGCAUUCGCAAACGAUCUCACUCGUCCUCAGCUGCUGGCUGUCACUGAUAGUGUCAACCAAGGCAAAGGUGACAAGGAUCCUGCUGAGUGGCUUCCAUCUCGUACUGCCUACCGCUGCACUUAUAUUCGUGCUUGGGUGCAGGUCAAGUUCUACUAUGGAUUAUCGAUGGAUAGCGCUGAGAAGAAUGCAUGCCAGACCAUUCUCAACGGAUGUUAG